UCCCCCCCCCCCCCUUUUUUUUCAAAGACUGAUGUCCCAGUAGGUGUCUGAAUAUUUAAAGUAAAAAGUGGAACCAGUCUGCAGUCAUCUGUGUGGAAAACAGACCGGUGCCGUCUGUCAGUCCAGCCAUGGUCAUUGAUUUCCUUUUAAUGGAUCAGUAGCUGCGAGGAAGAACUUUAAAUUUAGAUUCACAGUGAAGAAGCAGCCAUGUAUGAAAUCGGACAUGUCUCAUUGAUCUCCGCGUUGAAAGAAAAUAACAUUGAUUAAACAAGUACGAUUGCCAUGUGGGGCUUGAUGUGAGUUGUCAAGAGUAGCUGGUGUCAGCACAGUGAGGUACAGGACAGACAGAGCCAACACAAUACUGUUGUGAUUAUAUGUACAUGACUGAGCUAUGAUCCCUCCAGGCGUGCAGAUGACCUACAGAUGGAGGCUGACUAGUGACGGAGGAGUUGCCUGUGGUGCCUGACAUCUCUAAAAACCCCUGAUCCCUUUUCACCAGUACGGUCACCUCCUGAAGAUAAACAAACUGAUAAACCUCUUAUUUCUUUCAAAGCUGUUGAACAUCUAUUAUCUGUCAAGAUUUCAACUUGGGCUCAGAGAAAUUGUGAUGCCACGAUUUCCAUAUUUUUCAAAAACGAUUAAUCAAAUAUUUCCAGUUGAUUAGUGAAUAAUGAAAAUCUUUAGUUGCACCCUUAAAUGUUAUUUUUUUAAUUUCAUUUGAACAAUCCCUUACUUUAAAUAUAACAGACCAGCUUGUGAGACCAUCUUAGUACAACACCUGCCACUAGACUCGUAGUGGUUCAUGAAGCUAGAGCUGGUCUCUCAAACUGCAGGAUCAACAUGGUUCAGUGUUCUGGGUGAUAUUUCAAGAUAGAAGAUGUCCUGUUGGUCUGGUUAGCUUGGUUAAAAGGAAUUGGAGGAAAUGACAGGUUAUCAGUGAAGUUUAAUGAAGCUCCCAAUGUGACCUGGAGGUUUGGAAACAAACCAUGUCUGGUGUUGGAACUGCAGAUUAAAGUUAUGACAGAACUCUUCAGGAUGUAGCUGUGUGGAUAAGCUGAAACUAGAGCUGCAAAGUUUGAUCAAUUGGAUCUAUAGAAAACUAAUCAAGUAUUUUGAUAGUCAAUAAAGUAAUGGUCUCAGCUUUUAAAAUAAAUUCAAUUUAAUUUAAUAUAUUUUGUUUUUUGGGAUGCUGGGCAGGCAAAACCAAUAAUUUGAAAUUGUGAAUUUUCUAAAUUGACUGGUCUGUAAAAUGUCAGAAUUGUGGAAAAUGCCUGUCUGGACACAGAUAGCUUUAUUUAUCAGACAAAAUCAUUUACUAAUCUAAAGUCUAUUUACUAUCAUGUAAGACAAAGACGAGCUUCAAAUCUUCACAGCUGAAAAGCUGAUGAAUAUUUGCAAAAAGAAAAAUGAAACGAUUUACUGAAAAUAAGAGCGGAUACAUUUUUCGUGAUAACAGACCAGUGAAUUGACAGCGCUUCAUCACAAAGCUCAGUAGUUUGUUGUGGCUGAAAUAUUUAUUUUGACCGAUCUUUCAGUCCACUUUUUUUAAGAUUAUUGUAUGGAUUAUAAUCCACGUUCAAGGCACUCUCAGAUGUCAGCUUCCCAUCUAAGGGGCCAACCCAGUGCACCACAUCUGUUCUGUGUGAACUCAGAGGAACAAACCGUUUCAUGUUCCGUUGAGUUCAACCGGCAGCGUGCGUCAAAUAAUUGAAUAUUUGCAACACAUUUCACCUCUAAUGACUCGCAGGAACUGGCAGUCUGUCCAUUUACACUGCUGCGAGGUGAAUGGCACAGAUCACUGCAACAGUAUUGACUGUUUUAGUCUUUCACAGGCUAUAAGUUGUGGACUACUAGAGCCAGCAGGGAUCAUUUGUUUUUGUCCAGUUUUCACUAACAGUUGAGACUAAAGUCUCCCAGUUAUAUAUUUUUUAAUAUUUUCAUUUAAAUAGUUUUUUUUAAAACAAGGUCAAAGAAGAUAAAAAGAUGUGCUCGUAGGAUUGUGCUCAACGGCAUUCUUGCAAAAGAUCUUUAUUGUUACAUUUUAUAUGCAAGAUGAGAGGUAAGUUCACUAAUUUUAAAAUAAAUGUAUAUAUAUAUUCUUUUAAUGGAAGUCAUCCGUUUUGCAGGAACUUCACAGUGAGCCAAAUAUAUCAGCUUUAUUUAGUACAAUAUUAUCCCCUAUUUUUUACCUUUGAGUAACUCACUUAUGAAUAACAUCACACAAUUAUUGAUUUGUAUUUGAGGUGAUUAAUUAUGUCUAAUGAUUACCAACUUUUACCAAUAUAUCUGAAGGUGUUUGAUUAAGAUGCUGCUAAUUGUCUUAACUUCACUUAUCAAAUUAAAAUGGCUAAUUUAAUCAUGUAAUACUUUCAGAUUAGUACUUCAUGGCUUUAACUAGUGUCUAAUGGGGGAGUGCUCCGUUGUAACUGGGUAAACUGGUUGUAUAUUUGAAAACUCAGCAGUGGUGGAAGAAGUAUUUUUUAAAGUAUAGUAAGAAAAAUAAACUUAAAGUAUAAGGAGUAAAAGUACUCAUCAAGCUGUAAUGUGUGUAAUUAGAUAUAAGCAUGUUAGGCCACUUUGAUGUUGUAGUUUGUCAAAUUGGAAGCUUGUUUUAACUUCUUUAUAUACUGUGCAAAUAUUGGUAGUUUGAUGCAUCAUAGCAUUGUAAUAUUUAAAUAAAAUGAUUUACUGUAUAAAAUCUUCAUCUGAAAAGUAGCUGAAACUGUCAAACAAACUAAGUACAUUAAAAAGUACAAAAGUUUCCUCUGAAAUAUAGUGAUGUUUUAAAAAUACUAAAUUAAAGCAGGUCAAACAUCAUGUAAGUACAGUAAUUGAAUACAUUCCAGCGCUGGUUCUCAGACCUAUGUUUCUUUUAGUAUUACCUGCCACCUGUUUCCUCUGCUUAUUUGCAUAGAAAUGUGAUAACAAAAGAAAAAUCAGGCCGGUAUUUCAGUAUUAGUUUACAUGUUGACAAAAAAGUAACAAGAAAUUGCAGUACAGAAAUGCCAAACUAGAUCUGGGGUAGAAACAAGUGAGGUUACAUCCUUUGUCCAUUAGAGAGCACUGACGAGUUGAACUGAACAAAUCUCGGGCUCUGUUUCAAGAUUUAUGUUAUGUGAUUGUUUUUCCUUUUAAAUUAUUUGUACCAGAUUGUUUAAAAAUCUCCUAAAAUGUCAGUAUUGUUCGGGCUACAAAACUUAUUAAGCACCUUGAGGUCAUUUCUUUUCAUGUUUGACACACAGAUUCAAAGCAUAGAAAGCAGUACAAACUUUCAUGAUCAUACUUCCAACUGACAUUUCACUGACUUCUAGACUAUAUUGUACUAUUUUAUUCGUGAAUUAAUAACAUGUGUCUAAGUUAUGUGUUUAAAUAUACUCACAAAAGUCCAGUAUUAUCAGUAUUAUUAUUAUAUUAUUAUUAUUAUAUUAUUAUUAUUAACAAUCUCUCUGUCCUCAUUGGUUAUAGCACUGCUAAUGUAAAAAAUGGGGGACUGGAACUUCCUUGGAGGGAUCUUGGAGGAGGUGCAUAUCCACUCCACCAUGGUUGGCAAGAUCUGGCUGACCAUCCUGUUCAUAUUCCGCAUGUUGGUGCUGGGCGUCGCAGCAGAGGAUGUGUGGAAUGACGAACAGUCAGACUUCAUCUGCAACACCGAGCAGCCCGGCUGCCGCAACGUCUGCUACGACGAGGCCUUCCCCAUCUCCCUCAUACGCUAUUGGGUGCUUCAAGUGAUUUUUGUGUCCUCUCCCUCCCUUGUCUACAUGGGUCACGCCAUCUACCAGCUGCGAGCUCUGGAGAAGGAGCGCCACUGCAAGAAGGUGGCUCUCCGUCGGGAGCUGGAGGCGGUGGACGCGGAGUUGGUGGAGGUGCGGAGGAGGAUUGAAAAGGAGAUGAGGCAGCUGGAGCAGGGGAAGCUCAACAAAGCACCGCUGAGGGGUUCUCUGUUGUGUACUUACGUGGCCCACAUUGUUACUCGCUCAUUGGUGGAGGUCAGCUUCAUGAUGGGUCAGUUCAUUCUCUAUGGACACCGCCUCAGCCCUCUUUACAAGUGUGAAAGGGAGCCGUGCCCAAAUGUGGUGGACUGCUUUGUCUCCAGGCCCACGGAGAAAACUGUUUUCAUGGUGUUCAUGCAAGGUAUUGCCUCCAUCUCCCUUUUUCUCAGCCUUCUUGAGAUCAUACACCUGGGAUUCAAGAGGCUAAAGAAGGGCAUCCUGGACUACUACCCACAUCUGAAGGACGACCUGGAUGAUUAUUACGUCAACAAGUCAAAAAAGAACUCAGUUGUGCAUCAGGUUUGCAUGGGCACAUCUGUGGGGCGCAAGACUACUAUUCCCACAGCACCAUGUGGAUACACAUUGCUGUUGGAGAAGCAGGGCAACGGACCUAACUACCCUCUUCUUAAUGCCUCCUCUGCCUUCGUCCCAAUACAAGGGGACCCUGGUGCAAAGCCAGACAGCCACAAGGACAGCAAAGAGGGAGUGCCGAGCCCCACAGAGCAGAACAGCAACUCCAACAACACCAGCAGCGAGACGCGUUCUCCUCCUGCGGACAAACAGGAUGAGCCAGAAGAACAAACUUCGCCCCAUCAUGAGGACAGGGAGUGUGCGAGUUCUGAGUACCCCACCCUCCCUGUAGCAGACACCUCCUCCUGCACAACACUAUCAGGCAUUGCAAGGAAGUCACGGAGAGUCAGUCCACCGUGGCAUUGCUCCACCCUGGUAGAGGGGAACGGCUCAGACAGCGGAGAUUCCUACCACGGGAACAACAGCAUGAAGCAACGUAGCAGCUGUGUCGGCCCCCGACCGAGGAUGCUCUGUAAAUCAGACGUUAAGAGGUCGAGCAGGUCCCAGAGCCCAGACUCCGCAGGGGAGCUGAGCUCUGUAUCGCGACACAGCCGUGAGAGCAACAGCCCCACUGCCUCCUCUCCAAACCGCCGGGUGUCAGCGGCGAGUAGUGGCGGCAGCAGCAGACGAGCUCCAACUGAUCUGCAGAUAUAAGCACCAGACUGUGUGCUCGCCAACAUGGCAAAAGAAAUUCAGCCAUGUUUGGUUUCAAGUUAUAUGGACACUAUAUUACUGCACAUAUAAAAGUUCUUUAAAAGACAUUAAAACACAAACACAAAAAACCUUUGCUACCCAAUGCAAAGGAUAUUAUGCUCCUGACACAAAAAAAGAGCCUUUUUCCAAUCAUAUUUGAAAAGAACUUAUGAAGCAUAUAGACAAUAUGCAAUCUAACAUCUACUCUUCAGAUUUUAACAGGUGAUCAGACCACAAUGGACUUUUGGUUUUGGUUCCUUACAUUACAGACAUUCAGACAGACAUUUAAUGAUUUGGCCGUAUGCAACAGCUGAAUGAUUUGUGGGGAAUGGAAAACAAACCCACAAAUCUAUAAUGUUGUUUCAGGUCACAUAGUGCUGUUAUGCAACUGGAUACUUUUAAAUCUGUGACGCUGUCUGAAUUAAUUCACCCCGUUCCAACAUGUCAGAGAGGUCUUUAGCAAGAACAUUUAACAUAAAGAUACCCAGUUCUGGAUGCAGCUGUGGAAAAUAACUGCUAAAUAUCUUUGAAUUAGUAUGGUGACAUGAAUAAAAACUUCAAUAUGCUGUCAUCUAUCAGACUAUAACGAGCAGCAACGCUGCUUUUGUAUGAAAUUUAUUUUUUACUUGAUACUUAUUACUGCAGUCGAUAUCAAUUUAAAUGUCUUUGAAAGACCAUUCUAAAGAUUUAGAUGAGUGGCUGAAUAUGUUUGCAGAAUCUCUUGUUUGAAAACAGAAGACCAAUUGUUAAUUUAGGACAUCAAAGAAUAACUGAUGCCAAAUGAUGAAAAAAAAUUUUAUUUAUGACAAAGCAAAAAAGUUGCUUGUUGUUAUAUAACAAAUAGCAGUGAUUUUGUGUUCACUGUACAAUAUUAUGUAAUAAACAUUUUAAAUAAUAUUCAAAAAA